AAACCUAGUUUCCACCCUACUCCUACAAAUUAUUAACACCAUGAUGCCAACAACACCUUGAUCAAACUCACCACUAAUCUUAUACUUUCCUUUUCACUCUUCCUUUUAGCAUCCUCCAACAUGAGAACAGGAAGCUGCGCCGUGCAACAAGGUCUAACCCCAGAGGCUGCAAGCAUAGUGAAACAAGCAGUGACACUCGCGAAGCGUCGUGGCCACGCGCAAGUCACACCCCUCCACGUGGCAAACACCAUGCUCGCCGUCACAAACGGGCUUCUUAGAAACGCGUGUCUUCAAUCCAAUUCUCACCCUCUUCAGUGCAAGGCCUUGGAGCUUUGCUUCAACGUUGCGCUGAAUCGCUUACCAGCUUCAACUUCUUCGAGUCCCAUGUUGCAAGGCUCUCACUACCACCACUCUCAGCCAUGUCCUUCUAUUUCAAACGCUUUGGUCGCUGCCUUCAAACGUGCUCAAGCUCACCAACGACGUGGAUCCAUCGAGAAUCAGCAACAACCUCUUUUGGCAGUGAAGAUUGAACUGGAGCAACUCAUUAUUUCCAUCUUGGAUGAUCCUAGUGUUAGUAGAGUCAUGAGAGAGGCUGGUUUUUCUAGUACUCAAGUGAAAAGCAACGUUGAACAAACCGUGUCUUUGGAAAUAUGCUCUCAGAAUAAUAAUAGUAAUAGUAAUAGUAAUAGUAAUAAUAAUAAUAAUAAGGGGAAGGAGAAUAAUAGUAACCUCACUCUCUCUCAUCAUCAAGGUGGAGAGAACGUAUCCAACAAAGGGUUGGUGUUGGAUCAGAUUAGGGGUGAGGAUAUUGCUAGUGUUAUAGAUAAUUUGGGGAAUCAAAGAAGGAGGAGUAUUGUGAUUGUGGGAGAGUGUGCGAUUAGUCUCGAGGGUGUAGUCAAGGGUGUGAUGGAAAAGGUUGAUAAAGGGGAUGUUGGUGAGUGUCUUAGGGGAGUUAAGUUUAUAUCUCUUUCUCUUUCUUCUUUUGGCCAUGUUUCGAGAUUGGAGGUUGAGCAAAAGGUUGAAGAGCUAAAGGGUCUUGCAAAGGGAACCUCUCAUAACAAAGGGUAUGUUUUGUAUUUGGGAGAUCUUAAGUGGGUGUUUGAUCAUAGGGCCCGGGGAUCCCAAGGGAGAGCGUGUUAUUGUCCUGUGGAUCACAUGGUAAUGGAGAUCGGGAAGCUGGUGAGUGGUGUUGGAGAGAAUGGUGGAAGGUUUUGGAUGAUGGGUGUUGCCACUUUUCAAGCUUACAUGAGAUGCAAAAAUGGCCAGCCAUCAUUGGAAACUAUUUGGGGUCUUCAUCCUAUUACUAUCCCUGCAGGAAGCUUGCGCUUGAGUCUCAUCACUGACAGUGAGAUACAAAACCAGCCCACCAACAAGAAAGCUGACAAUAGAACUAGCUGGCUAUUACUCGAAGGAGUGGGAGAUGAUCAGAAACAACCAGCAUGCUUCGCGGAACCUUCCACCAAGAUUGAGACCGAAGUUCGAAGCUUGCAAAGCAGUGCUUGUAAUAGUGAUUCCUCAACUUCAACCCUUCCUGCAUGGCUCCAACAGUACAAAAAUGAGAAUAAAGGAAUCACCUAUAAUGAUCAGAAUUGCGUCCCAGUAGGAGAGCUAUGCAAAAAGUGGAACUCUAUGUGCAGUUCAAUUCAAAAUCAACCUUAUCCUUCAGACAAAACCCUCACAUUAUCCUCAGUAUCACCUUCUUCAUCAACUUCUGGCUUCUCAUACGAACAACAACACCCUAAUUUGCACCAAACCCAUCAUGAGUGGCCAGUGGCAUCACCAAAAGAGUCACUGUACAACCACCAUUUCUGGAUCUCUAACAAUGGUAGCCACCCUAAUGAACCCACUUUGCGAGUGUACGUCCCAGAGAACAAGGACACUAAGCAACCACAACCACUCUCAUCAUCGAAUCCAAGUUCCAACCCUAACUCCGCUUCUUCUAGUGACAUCAUGGAAACAGAUCACGUGAGCAGGUUCAAAGAGCUCAACUCAGAGAACUUGAAAACUAUGUGCAAUGCUUUGGAGAAAAAGGUGCCAUGGCAGAAAGAUAUAGUGCCAGAAAUUGCAAGCACCGUGUUGCAAUGCCGUUCUGGCACGGUAAGAAGAAAAGGGAAAGUGAGAAGCAACGAGAUAAAAGAAGAAACGUGGUUGUUUUUCCAAGGUGUUGAUGUGAAAGCCAAAGAGAAAAUAGCAAGAGAAUUGGCUCGGCUUGUUUUUGGGUCCCAAAACGACGUCGUUUCCAUAGCACUGAGCAGUUUUUCGUCAACAAGAGCAGAUUCAACUGAGGAUUAUUGUCGGAACAAAAGAUCAAGAGAAGAAACAAGUUGCAGUUACAUUGAGAAGUUCGCUGAUGCAAUUUGUAAUAAUCCUCAUAGGGUGUUUCUAGUUGAAGAUAUUGAGCAAGCAGAUUAUUGUUCUCAUGUUGGUUUCAAAAGGGCCAUUGAGAGAGGAAGAAUUAAGGGUUCAAAUGGUGAAGAGGUUGCACUUUGUGACGCUAUCAUCAUUCUAAGCUGCGAGAGUUUCAGUUCAAGGUCAAGGGCUUGUUCUCCUUCGGUCAAACAAAAAUCGUUGACUGAAGGAGAAAAGAAUGACGAGGUUGCUACUUUGGAGGAGACAAGCCCUUUUCUUUCUUUGGAUUUGAAUAUUUCCAUUGAUGAUGAAAACGAUGAGGAUCGGUCGGUGGAUGACAUUGGCCUUCUUGAAUCCGUAGACAGAAAGGUUAUCUUCAACAUUCAGGAAUUGUGAGAAGAAUUUCAAGAACACUUACUCUUUUUUUUUUUUUUUUUUUUUUUUUUAAUUUAGGCUUCUUUUAAUUCUCUUUAUUCAUCAUGUGUUUGUAUUCUAA